AAGAGUAGAACGAAGAAGAAAAGGACCGGAAGUUUGUAGCAGGCGUCCUUUUCAAAGCUCGUUAACGGCUGUUGUCUUGGUGCUGUUGUGUGUUUCGGAACCAGUAAACAAUAAAACACGAGCACUACUGAUUACAGAACUGGGUUGUUACCGUGAUGGAUACCGUGUAACAGCAAACUGAGCCUCGUGCAGGCUUUAUGCUACCUCCUUGACUUGAAGCUGAAAACAUUAUGGACAGUCUGGAUUUCUCAGAAGAUGAAAUUCAUGAACAACUAGUGGCCUUGGGCUACAAAAACAUACCAAAACACAGGCUGCGUGAAUUCAAGCAAGAUCUUGACGAACUGGUUCGUCACGGAGAAUGGAAAAGCCUGGCUUCAUCCUCUCAGAUAAACCCCGCCAAAUCUCAGACGACCACAUCUCAGCAGAGUCCUCCUGCCUACACCAAAGAGAAAGUAAGUCAGUGCUACUUACCCUCUGGUGAGGGGUUUUUCUUACAUGCCGGACAAGCGGACCAUGACAGACAUGUGCUCACCGCCUGUCCGAGCAAAGACCAUGGACGGCAGCAGGGAAACUUUGACUCGUACGCUCAACACUCUGUGGCUCUGAAGCGCCGGCUGCCCCCAGGGCCUCCCGGCCGGCUGCAGGUGGAGCCGGAUCCUGACGACACCCUCCAACCGCCGCUUAGCGACAGCUGCGAUAGCUCCGCAUCCAUUCCUGAAUCCCACAGGGGGCGCUUCAUCAAGAGAAAAGUCCUGAGGAAACAUAAAGGCCAAUCACUUGUCUGCGAUGAAUCCAUCUACAGUGAAGACUCAGAUGCAGCGAGCUGUCUGGAGGAGCGACUCGCCGAUCUUCGGUUGUCCUCGUCUGCUCAGCGCGACUUUGAGACUGAGCACGACGACGUCCCCAGUCAGAGUGAGACCCGGGCCUCGGAGACAGAGGGACUCUCUUUCAGCGCCUUUGAAUCCUACAUAAGAGGCAUGACUCAAAGUCAAAGUGAUGGCGACCUCAGGCCCAAACCCAAAUCCUUCAUCCGACCAGUGAUGAGUCAGCAAACCAUAAAGAAGACAGACCCGGUGGCCAAGUAUUUCCAGUAUAAGCAGCUCUGGGAAAUGUUUAAACUUCCAGGAGAAAAGGACAGGAGAGAUCUCCGCUGGGAGAUAAGGGAACGACUUGCAUACCAGCCUCCACCACCUAAACCUCGGAGGGUGUAUGUGCCAAACACCUACAUCGUGCCAACAGAGAAGAAGCGCUCGGCCCUCCGUUGGGAGAUCAGGAACGAUUUGGCUAACGGGCUCCCUCCACACAAAUUCAGUCAUCGAUUUUAGGUCUUUUACUCUCCACGUGCCUUUUUAGGUCAUUUUAAUACAACUUUGUGUGUUUUAUUUUUUUAAUCAUUGACAUUAUUUAUUUAUUUUUAUUUUUUGUGAAACAUAAUAAACUCAAAGAAAACAUUGCAGUCAGUGAAUAUAUUACAGGUAAUUUGGUGUCUUCUACGGGAAGUCUGAGUAGGGCAGUUUAAACGGGUACAGGGGGGUGUAGCGCUGGUCGUGCCAAAGCAGCUUGUCUUCCAGAAACUUGAUGGUUUCCAGAGUGAGGACGACAGCUUCAUGUUUCAGCAUGCUGUGGACAUUCAGACCUGGCAGAGAACAGACAAAAAAACAAACAUCCGUUUACUUCUACAGAAGCUUAAAAUCAUAGCGCUCCCCCUUAAUUUGCGACACGAUAGGAGUGCAUUACUUCAUGCUUUUCGAUUGUCCUUAAAGGCUGAUGUAGCUGCCAACCUCAAACCUACUGAAGUUUUAAAUAAUGGCGUCAUUAUGUGUGUCGUCAAAGUGAUGCUCGGAGUUCCACUAUUUGAUGAUGCAAAUUAUUUGCCUGCUAGUAUUAGCUUGUUAGCGAAAUUAUCAUUCGGACAAAUGCAGUGUCACAGAGUAAACUUUUUUAAAAGGUGUUACAAUCAGUUGUUUUCCGCAUCAAGAAAAUCAGAACUGAGGGUGAAAACAAGAGUGCCGAUUCUUUAAAGAGUGUUAUAUAGAGCCAGGAUGUUGGCACUAAAGUAUCUUUCACAGAAAAAUAAAAUGGGCAUUACAAAUUA